AUGCUUUUCAAACAAUGGAAUGAUCUACCAGAGCCAAGGCAUCAACUAGACUUCCCAGAGAUUUCUAAGAACUUACAAUCCUUGGAAUUUUGUCCAAUUCCAAGAGUAGAGCUUCCUCAGGAUUUAAAUGUUUCCCAGUAUUCAACAGUCAUCAUUACUACAAAGAUAAUGAACCCAUUGUUUCCCAAAAACCUGCUUCAAUUGACCUCUAUUGGUGAAGUUAAGUCCUCACUAACGGUUAAAAAUUCAAGUCCUACUCAAUCUACAGAUGCUUACUCAUGGAACUAUGAUGAAAAUUUCCCAAAUGAAGUUGAUCCUAUCUCAGAAAGUGAAACUUCAAAGGAAACGCAAUAUAACUUUUCUUUUCCUAUUUACUCCUUCGGAGAGACAUUAUUAUUCUCCAUCGAGGAGAAUUUCAUAAACAUAUCACCAAUUUUUGGUAACAUGAUAAGUAGGUCUAUUGUAUCACAAUUAAUCAAAACGUCCCCUGAUAUAAUAGUAAUCGGCAGCUCGGACAGAAUCUCCAAUAUGAAGAAAAUGACUAAAAGCGAAUGCACAUUACAGCCACCAGAAUUUAUAACAGGCUUCAUAGGAAGCGUUCUAACACAGUUGAUUAUUGGCGAAAAUAAGGGGAUGAAUUUCAAAUGUCUUAUUGUACCUAGUGAAGGACCUAACGGAUUCGAAAAAAUAUCGCUAUCUGAUAUGGGCUCUUUGAUUGAUGUAUGUAGUCAAUGGCUUGGUUUUGACCAUUCAAAAUACUCUCAAGAAUGCUACCGUUUAUGGAGAUGCGAUAGUGCAGCAAUUGGUGCCCAGUCAGGCCUAUAUAUAUGA